CCUGCAGCAGAAGCUGACCUGAACUGAUCAUAUGAAACAAGUAACUCCUGCUAAGUCCAAGGACUGUGACAACAAGUUUUAUGUCAUGACAUCAUUACCAGUGUUGUUAUUUCUCAUAAUUCUACUGCUGCCAUCCAUGAUCACUGAAGGAAGGGUUCUGACACAGACUGGAAAAGAAGCUACCAUAUUUGCUGAUCAAAAGACAAACCACGAGGCUGACUUGAAAAACCCUGACCCUCAAGAAGUACAAAGAGCCUUGGCGAGGAUCCUCUGUGCCCUUGGUGAAUUAGACAAGUUGGUUAAAGACCAGGCAAAUGCUGGUCAACAGGAGUUUAAACUGCCUAAAGACUUUACUGGCCGGAGCAAAUGUCGUUCACUAGGAAGAAUCAAGUGAGCACAGUAAAUUUCAGAAUUAUACCCCCUAGGGUUCACAGGACCAGAGUUAGGGACCAAGGGCAAUUAUAUAAAGCAUGACCUCUACCCUUUAGAAAAAUUCUUGAACUUACGGAUGUAUCUGUUCACUUUCACAUAGGAGGCUCCUAGUGUCAUACCUGCUGUGGAUUUUACCAGGUUCUCUCUCAACUCCUACAUCCUAUUUGGUUAACCACCCAGAUAUAAGCAAAAUGUAGUCUGGAAAUUAAUGCAAUAAACUAGUCUCUCCUCCCUCCACUUAAAUACUAAACGUAGCCAUAGGCAGCAAAGUAUGUGUUCUGAACCAGAUGUGAAAGCAGCAGGCAUCACUUCAGAACUAAUGGUCUAACCUUCCUUUUAUUAAAUGCACAUGUUAUUUCAUGGCAAACAUUCUUAGUGAAUUCACAUGGGUCCCUCGCUCUUCCAUACUGUACUCUGAUGAAAAGUGAGUGGAAAUGGUUUAUGUUUCAAACAAUGAAGCUUUGUAGUUAUAAAACAUUAAGCAUAGUGCUUUCUCUAUCUUCUUGUGGAUAAUUUCAUUCAAGAAUAUGAUACAUUUUGAUUACAUCACAGACUCUCCUACUUCUAUCUCUCAUAAAAUAUUAACACUUUUCCCAAUAAAUUACUCACCUGCUUCA